GUGGUUUUAUUUUGGCUGCUGCCACAUCAAGAAAAAGAAUUUGCGUGUUGGAUUAUGGAAGCACUCCUGACAUGCGGUGGCGGGAGUGCCCAGCCUUAUCCCAGCUCUCGUCUGAAUCCCAGCCCUCGCCAAAUCUUUACGACUUUCUGCUCCUCACUUAGAUGCUCGCUCCUGUAUUCUCACUCAAUAAGUCUCUUCAACUGCGGAAAGAGGGAUCUUUUAUGUCACAGGAUUCCAUAUUCAGAGCUCCGGCCGCGGACUCCAGCUUCUGGCGGACCUGGAUUCCGUGGCACUGACGAUGUUAACCUCGGAAAACCUCAUGCAGUCCACGAGACUGAAGAUGAGAACUUUAAUAAGUCGAAAGGUGUUGCUGCUAUGCUAGAAAGGGCGAUUCCACAAGGUGAUUCCGCUAUAAUUUCCGCCUGCUCCAUCGGUCUUCUAACCGGCAUCUGCGUUGUACUCUUCAAUACUGCAGUGCACGAAAUACGUGACUUCUGUUGGGGUGACAUUCCAUAUUGGGGUGCCUCAUGGUUACGAGAGGAGCCCAAAGAGUUAAUUUGGAGACGUGUAAUCUUAGUUCCAGUUUGUGGGGGUAUGGCAGUCAGCUUACUGAAUUUUCUGCUCACCAGAUUAGCGGUAUCCCGUGAAGGCGAUUCAGGAUCACCCAUUCAUUUUGUGACACAAUCACUUUUAAAGACAAUGGCUGCUUGUGCCACAUUGGGAACAGGCAAUUCAUUAGGACCUGAAGGUCCAAGUGUUGAAAUUGGUAAUUUCAUUGCAAAGGGAUAUGGUACUUUCAUUGAUAAGGGUGCUCAAAGAAAGCUGUCACUCAAAGCUGCCGGAUCAGCUGCUGGAAUAUCAUCGGGUUUCAAUGCUGCUGUAGCGGGUUGUUUUUUUGCUAUAGAAUCAGUAUUGUGGCCAUCACCUGCAGAUUCAUCAUUAUCAUUGACGAAUACAACCUCAAUGGUCAUUCUUAGUGCUGUAUUAGCUUCUGUAGUGUCGGAAAUAGGCUUGGGCUCUGAACCUGCCUUUUCAAUCCCAGGUUAUGAUUUUCGUUCUCUAACAGAGUUACCACUUUAUCUUUUGCUUGGUAUUCUUUGUGGAUUGGUUUCGGUGGCAUUAUCUAGGUGCACAUCUAUUAUGCUGCUCGCAGUCAGCGACAUCCAACAGACCAUUGGCACUCUAAAAUUAGUCUUCCCUGUAUUGGGUGGGUUCUCUGUUGGUCUUAUAGCAUUGGCAUAUCCGGAAAUUCUUUACUGGGGUUUUCAGAAUGUUGACAUUUUGUUAGAAUCUCGUCCAUUGGUUAAAGGUCUUUCCAUCGAUUUGUUGUUACAGCUGGUAGUUGUCAAAAUAGUAGCAACUUCAAUAUGUCGGGCCACCGGAUUGGUUGGAGGAUACUAUGCACCUUCUCUAUUUAUUGGUGCUGCUACAGGCAUGGCAUAUGGUAAAACUGUUGGCUUCAUCAUCACUCAAGCUGAUUCAAUAUCACAUAUCUCCUUCUUGGAUGUUGCUUCACCACAAGCAUAUGGCUUGGUUGGCAUGGCUGCCACUCUUGCCGGUGUAUGCCAGGUGCCUCUGACUGCAGUUCUGCUACUCUUUGAACUGACACAGGAUUAUCGGAUAGUUCUUCCCCUUUUAGGAGCUGUAGGGAUGUCAUCUUGGAUUACAUCCAGCCAGAUUAUGAGAAAGACCAUGGAAGAUGCCAAGAAAAUGGAAGAUGAUGGAAAACCGUAUAGAGGCCAACCACUAGAGACAUCUACAGUCCAGGCGGAUAUUCCUGCAUUUACUGGCCCUGAUUCUCUAGAGCAGUCGCAGGUCAGCGACCUCUGUAAACUUGAGAGUUCUCUCUGCUUAAAUGAUUUUGAUGACGACACAGGUGAUUGGGUAAAGAAGAUCAUUGUUUCACAAGCAAUGAGAACUGAUCACAUCACUGUUUUGAUGAGCACUUUGCUCACGGAGGUUCUGUCUCUCAUGUUAGCUAAGAAGCAAUCCUGUGCUCUAAUAGUUGAUGAAAAUAAUUCCCUUAUCGGUCAGCUGGAUCUUGGUGAUAUCCAGCUAUAUGGCAAUGUGAAAAUAUCAAAAAUUCAGGGAAAGGAGGUAACUUCUUAGAUAUCAAUAAUGUUUUUGCUUAAGAAUCUAAAAUAAAAAGAAAAGGAGCUCUUUCUCUCAAUGAUGACAACCAGCUUUCUUUUAAGGAUUUUGUAGUCUCUCAACUUUGUUCUUCUACUGACAUUGACUGCCGCGUGUUGUGGACGGUGACACCAAAUACAAGUCUCUUGUCUGCACAAGCUCUUAUGGACAAACACAGUGUAAAUCAGCUACCUGUCGUUUUGGGGCAUGCUGAUCACCCUGUUGGCAUUUUAGACCGAGAAUGCAUCAAUAUUGUUUGCAGAGCAUUAGAAAUCAGAGAAUGUUUUUGCUCGUCGACCACACCCGAAAUGCCGAAGCAGUGAGAGCUCCAGACGUCUUGGAUUAUUCUCUGGUGGAAACAUAUGUGGAACUCAGUUGAUCCCGCUGACGGUUGUCUUAAUGCUUGAGUGCUUCUCAAUCCUGGUUACUGCUGGUUUGUGACCAUGUCAAUAAAGUUAACUUGCAUCAUUGUGGUCACAAAUACUUCGUAUGAUUUACAUGCUACCCUUCAUCAUUCCGUAUGCAUUAUUAGUAUAUAUAGGCUCGGGCCAUGUAAAUAUUGUAACCAGCUUGUGUAUAUGCGGGCUAUUACAGGCUGCUUGUGUACAAGAUCUCAUCACUGGCCUUCAGGUGAGUGGGAGGGUAGAUGAGUAGAUUGAGCUUUAGAAGGGUUGGCUAUAUUUACUGUUUGGGGACAAAACUGGAGAAAUA